AUGAAUGGAGAUUGCUUCUGUAAUCGUGUUUUGAAUUUGCCGUUAGGCAUGAUGGAAUGUUGCCAUACCAUUGGGCACAAAGAAUGUCUUAUAAAUUUUGUAUCGGAUUAUAAACGUUGUCCUUCCAUGAAUUGUUUAAGAAGGGCCAAAGAAGAAGAUGUUAACGAUUUUAAUCCGCCAGAAAUUAAUUUUCUUCGAGAAAUUAUUUCAACAAAUAAUAUACUUUCCUUGUUGAAAAAUUUAGGUAGCAUGGUGGUCAACAUUGUUAAACACUUUGUUAAAAAUUUUAGUUUAACUGAUAAUAAAUUGAUUGCUACUUUGAUUGGAGCGUUUAACCAUUUUUUUACUGGCAAGCCUUCAAUUAGUGGUGGAACUGCUGGUAGUACGAAUACGAAUGUGGAGACUUUUAGAGAAUCUAAAUUACGAUGGAUUUUACAUUUUAUAGAUAGCAACAAAGGUUCAAUGAUUUUGUUGGCUGUUGCGUUGGGUAAUUUAAAUUAA